AUGGUGGCAGUUGUGUUUUAUUUUUGCACGUGUGCUAAGCAUAGGCUUGAAGAGGCGGGUAGGCAGCCGGAGGCAGCACGGAGUCCCGGGGAGGUGGCCCUCACGCUGAUUGAUUCAUGGUGCAAAGAUAAUAGCUAUGUGAUUGCUGGUUAUUAUCAAGCUAAUGAACGAGUCAAGGAUGCCAGUCUGAACCGGGUCGCAGAAAAGGUGGCCUCCAGAAUCACCGAGGGCUUCAGCGAUACUGCUCUCAUCAUGGUAGACAACACUAAGUUUACGAUGGACUGCGUGGUGCCUACAAUCCAUGUGUACGAACCCCAUGAAAACAGAUGGCGGUGCAGGGACCCACACUAUAAUUACUGUGAAGACUGGCCAGAGGCCCAGAGGAUCUCAGCGUCACUCUUGGACAGCCGGUCCUACGAAACACUUGUGGAUUUCGACAACCACCUGGAUGACAUUCGGAAUGACUGGACAAACCCAGAGAUCAAUAAAGCCGUUCUACACCUGUGCUAGGGAGGGAUUUUAGUGACUGGUCUUUGGGCAUUUCUA